AUGGUCAAUAGGUACAUCAACUCCAACCCGAUUACUAGCAUUCCGACCAACGCAUUCACCGGUCUUACUGCGCUGACUGAAUUGUCUCUGCUAUACAAUCAAAUCACCGGCAUUUCUGCUGGCACAUUCACCGGCCUGACUGCGCUGACUGCCCUGUAUUUCGCCUCCAACCAGAUCACCAGCAUUCCUGCUGACGCAUUCACCGGCCUGACGGCGCUGACUCACCUGUCUCUGCAAUACAACCAGAUCACCAGUAUUUCGGGAACCGCAUUCACCAGUCUUACUGCCCUGACUUACCUGUCUCUGCAAUACAACCAGAUCACCAGCAUUUCGGGAACCGCAUUCACCUUCAACCUGACUGCCCUGACUUACCUGUCUCUGGAUUCUAACCAGAUUACCAGCAUUCCUGUUGGCGCAUUCACCGGCCUGACGGCGCUGACCUACCUGUCUUUGUAUACCAACCAGAUCACCAGCAUUUCGGUCAACGCAUUCACCGGCCUGACCGCGCUGGCCUCCCUGGUACUGCAAAACAAUCAAAUCACCAGCAUUCCUGCUGCCGCAUGCACUGGCCUCCCUGCGCUGACUGAAUUGUCUCUCGGCAUCAACCAGAUCACCAGCAUUCCUGCUGACGCAUUCACCGGCCUGACGGCGCUGACUUACCUAUCUGUGGAAAACAACCAGAUCACCAGCAUUCCUGCUGGCGCAUUCACCGACCUUGCUGCGCUGACAGAUCUGCAUCUAGACGGCAAUCAGAUCACUAGCAUUCCCGAUUUUUCAUUCACAGGCCUGACUGCGCUAACUACCUUGGCUUUGCAAAACAAUCCUAUCACGACUUUGCCGCCGGGUCUGUUCAAGGGGUUGCCAAAUGCCUUGGCGUUGUCGCUUUCUUACCCAUAUCUGGCCCCCAACAACUUUACGUUUGGUGACAACAAUGUUGCUCCGCCCAGCACCUACGGCAGUGCAUCCCAACCUUACAAGUGUGAUACAGUCUGUGCCACCUGCUAUGCCGCUGGGUCCAGUGCGUGUUGCGAGACCAAUUGCCUGUACUGCACUUCGUCGUCUGUAUGCACUCAGUGCUAUGACGGUUCUGGCAUGCUGGGUGGAUCUUGUGUUCCUUUUGCUUCCAUCGCUUCAGUCGCGUCCACGCAAUCUGCUUCGGCUGCCUCUGUUGCAUCUCUUGCUUCGGCUACCUCGGCGAUCUCGGCAUCCUUUGCUUCACUUGCUACCGCAUCCUCUGCGUCAAUCGCAUCAACGGCGUCCGCAUCUGUCGCGUCGCUUGUUUCCGCUUCCUCGGCGCUCUCCGCUUCUGUUGCUUCAACCGCAUCAGCAUCUGCUGCAUCCGUUGCAUCGUCCAUUGCACAACAAGGCGAUGGUUCUCAAGAGUCAGCUUCAUCUUCAGCAGCCAUCAUCGCUGCUGUCGUUGCGUCCGUGGCAGUCAUUGCACUCAUUGUGGUGGUCUUCAUCGUGUUGCGGCGCCGGCGCUCGCAACGCUCUGUCAUACGACCGAAGGACUCUGCCAGUCCAGUCAUCGAUCAGACGACUAUUGAAAUGACAAUGUCUCCUCUGGCCCAUUCGAGUGAAUCUCCCAUCGAGGAUGACGGCUCAACCUCCGCCAAGCCCAGCCAAAAGCAGCCAGAAUCGCAGAAUGCUGCCGAUCCCAUGUAUCAGGAGGCUGAAGAAGUGACAAUCUCCCCUAUUCCCGAUUCGACCGAAUCUCACAACGAGGAUGGCGGCUCAACCUCCGACCAGAAGCAGCAGCCAGAAGCGAAGGACUCUUCCGAUCCAAUCUACCAGGAGGCUGAUGAAGUGACAACUUCCCCUCAAAACCACUCGGCUGGAGCACACGACAAAGCGGACAUUCCAUCCCCAGCGGCGAUCGGUCAACAACAGUCGUAUCAAGCUGUCCCGACCGCCCCGCCAGAGGAGGUGGUUGACGAUGAUGCGAGCGCGUAUGUUGCCGGCAGCAAUUCUCGUCGCGUUCGCGAAGGCUUGACCAUUGGGAAGCACCUUGCCAGUGGUGAAUUUGGCGAUGUGUCACUGGGUCAAGUGCUUUUCAACGUGUUGCCCACAAGAGCUCGAGCCUUGCUUGAACCUACAGCGUCUCCAACCGUGCUGGUUGCAGUCAAGUCUUCCAAGGCCGACGCUGACGAGAAGUCUCGCCAAGACUUUGAGGCUGAGGCGAAAUUGAUGGCUCCGUUUGUACAUCCGAAUGUCGUGCGCCUUCUUGCGGCUCUGGUUGAGUCAGAGCCUCAUCUCGUUCUGCUGGAGUUUGUGCAGUACGGCGACUUGCGUACACUGCUGCAAAAGUCCCAGGCUCACUCGCUUUGGUGGACGCACAACGAGCAAAUCCAUGCCAUUCGCCAGAUUGCUCUCGGUAUGGAGUAUUUGGGUACGCUGCACUUUGUGCACCGUGAUCUUGCCGCGCGCAACUGCCUUGUGGGGCAAGGAAUGGUGGUCAAGAUUGCCGAUUUCGGGCUUUCCCGCGAAUUGACGGAUGAGCAAGAUUACUAUCGCAUGCAAACGCGAGGCAAACUUCCCGUGAAGUGGAUGGCACCGGAAACAAUGACCUUCCGCAAGUUCUCGUCCAUGUCCGAUGUUUGGUCGUUUGGUGUCACAGCCUGGGAAUGCUCCAGUUACGGCGCAAUGCCGUACGGCAAGAUGAACGGCGCUGAGGCACUGGCUCAUGUGGAGGCUGGUGGUCGACCGUCUAUGCCGGAGCACUGCUCAACUGACCUGUUUAUCUUGAUGCUUAGUUGCUGGAACUCCAUCCCAGAACUACGACCAAGCUUUACGCAGCUCGUCAAAGCUCUGACAAACUUUGAGGAUGGAACAGCAAUCCGCGAAAUUGGAGCGCUUUUGUGAAUACGAUGUUGGAGAUGUGUGUUUGACUUGUGUCCCCGCACUUGAAGAGUCGUCGAUUGGUGCAUUUCAACCUCACAUGUGCUGGUCGCAACAACACCACUCUGAUAGUUUAAAAGAUUGGAUUUUCACUCGCCCUCUUUGG